UUGUGACGUUUCAGGUGAGGUCAGAACAGCAGCAACAAUGGCGAAUGUAUGUGGCGCCUUGAUAGUUUGUACCAUUUUGACGGUGUGUUGGGGACAGAACAGCUUCGACAGUAUCUUGAGUGAUGUGACAGCUUGCGAGGAAGGAUGCACCAAGUCUUAUUCCCCCCACACUAACCCAAAUCCAAGUAACCAUGUUGCGUGUGCCAGAGGCUGCCGCCUCUAUUCCAUCAGCAACAUCAUCGUUGAAAACCAUGACCAUGGAAAUGCUGUUGAUGGCAGUGAUGCACAUCCAGUGAGGAAUACUUGUUAUAAUGCAUGUGUGGAAGCAUACAAUGAGACAUCACCCAGUACAGCAUCAUGCAAGGUUGGCUGUGACUCUCAGGAGAUCAAGGUGGCCGAGUCCAAGAAAAAGGACGAUGAUGAGGGACCCUCAAUCCAUCUGCUGAGUCCACUGAGGCAGGUGCAUUCUGUGUACUCCUCGUUCGUUGGGGCUGUCCACAUUGUCCGUUCAUCACUGGUCACAUACUUCAUGAGCGAUGACAGCUCCAUUGUGGUUGUUGAGUCUGAACCACAGGUUUUCAUGGAGGUGUUGUCAGAAGCUGAGGUUGAAAACCCUCUCCAGGAGGCACUCCAGCAGUCCCGACAAAUGCCUAUGAUGGAACCCGUUGAAGAUCCAUCAGUCGUGCACUGUGUAUCCCGACGUCUUGGUGUUCCUCCAUACUUGUUGGUGGCCUCAGUUCUGGUUCUGGUUCUCUUUACGGUGUAUGUGAUUUUUGCAGUGUGUACCACAGCCACUCCUCCCAAGGCCAAGGCUUAUGCGAGUGGACUAAGUGUACAGGCAGAUCCCAUUCAUAUGCCAGUGAAAUUAGUGCGACCAGAGGACCUGACUCGACUUAGUCUUACAGAAGAGGAAGAUCUGCAGGCACCACCACUCCCUACAAAGGUUAAACUCCCAGACUCUGUCAUUUAGCCACAGUUGCUACAAAUGGGAACAAUAAUUAUAGGUUUGGCAAUUUAACUAGAUUAUACAGUAUACAUACUGGUAUAUAUAUAUAAUCACACCUACUUUUUUCCUUAAUCACAUUAAUCACUACUUUUUUCUUCACACUGAAACAGGAUUGUGCUACAGUUUUUAUUUAAUUUAUACAGUAGAUAAUCAUUUUACCGUGCUUAAAAGGCGGUUCACUUGCAUGGUUAAGCCCUUAGCCAGGUUGCCCCCCUCCCCUCCCAGGAGAAAAAAUUGAGAAAACGAAGCUUCUAACACAAAUAUGCGAGGGUGUGUAUCGCCACCAAUAUUAUUCUAUUCCUGCUUGUUUAGUGGCUAACUAUAAUAUCUUUCAGGCAUAUAACUCAAUAAAUGUCUGUUUGUCAGGGUUGAGGAGUGGUGGUGUUAAUGUUGUGGGGGGCUAACUUCAUGGGAGCUGUGUGGCUGGGCUGUGUGCCCCCAGUUACAUGCACCCUGCUUACAAAUAUUUAUGGCACUUGAUACAGCUCAUAACUAUUGGUAUAUAUAAUAAAUGUAAGCAUACAUUGUUUUCAUGCUUGUAUGUUUUAAAUUACCCAAAUUCAGUAGCUGCAUCAAGUGCCAUAAAUAUUUAUAAGCAAAGUAAAUUUCCCCAGGCACAGUCCAUGUGGCUGGCUGCCUACUGCAAAGUUGCCACAUUGUUUAUUUUUCUUAUAUCUACUAAAUAACUCAAUACAAUAGUGCGAUGAAAAAUUUAAAACUUGAUAAAAAUGAUAAGUGCGUGACUAGUGUUAAUUUGCCGAGCCAACCUUUAUAAAGCAAUCAAUUAUAUUAAAGAGUGUGUGGUUUUGGACUGAAUGCUAUCGCUUCAACCCUUCGCACGCCAAUUUCCGCACGCACUGCGGUGGGAAUUUGAAAAUUAAUUAUCUUCCAUACAUGUUUAAGAGGUGUUUGAUGUGGUUAAAUAGUAAUAUCAGUUUCAAUUAAUAAAGCACAGUAAAACUCUGCCUUGAAUAAACAAUUGGUGGUAAAAUGAUCGUCUACUGUAUGUCUUUAAAGAAAGUUUAAUUUAUUUCACAUUCAAAAUAUUCUUCACCUCUUUUCAGUUCACUUUUCUUGAUGUAUUAAGUAACCAGCAUAAAUAGAGCUAUGUGUUAAGUAGGUAAAAUACAUGUUAGGAAAUGGCCUUAUUGUACAAUAAUUAAAGAUUUAAAGUAUUUUCUUCACUUGAUAGAUAACUGGAACUUUUUUUUGAGUGAGUAUAGUAUUUUAAGGGAGUUUUGGAUAGUAUCAAUUUACUUAUGCUUUGGAUUUCACACAUUGUAUAUAGAGGAUAUAUAACAAUUUGCAUUCCUGGUAAAACACGUGUAACUGCUUCCAGUCAUAGUAGUAUAAAAAAUUGCAAUGUCCUUAAGUGAAAUGUUAUCAGAUUUACUCUUGAUGGCUUAAAUUUAAGUACUGUACAGUAUUUGUAUGCAAUAAGAUAGUUCAAAAGAGGGAGAGAGAAUAAGCCGCAAUGUCAGAUCAAUAAUAGUGUUGGCAAUCAUGUUAAUACAAAUUCCUUGAAACAGUCUUGAUGCUUAAAGUGAGUAAAUCAAUGGGUUUUAAGAUGGGUAAUGCCUAUGCUUUAUUUAUUUCAGCUUUCUGCUAAGUAUUGAAUUUGCAUUUGUAUAGAUAUUGCCAAUUUUUCAUAAGACAGAACCAGUUACAGUAUUACCAAAGUUAGUGUUAUCAGAUUUUUAUAUUUAUUAUAGAUGUGCCAUUUUAUUUGGUGUAACAUUUUUCUCAAUACAGUAUACUCUUGAUUUAAUGGAAUCCGAUAUAAUGAACUCGAUUUAGUGGAAGGCAUUUUUCCAUUAUGUUUUUGCUCGAUUUAGUGAAAUAGUUAGCUAAAUCGAGAUUAAUUCCAUUAAGACACUCUCACCUAUGGAGACACCUCAGACAUGAUACAUUAAAACCUAUUUCAGCCUAUGGCAAAUGUACUAAAUGUAUAAACAUGAUAAAUAAUGAAAUAAAAAACCCCAUAUAAGAUGCUCCCCCCAUUUUAGCAGGGAGUAUUUUGGAAACUGGUAUCAGUUACAAAGUUUUUACAUUUUGUCUUUAUUCAGGACAUUUUCAGAGGCAACUGAAUUUACACACCCUCCAAUGCCACCAACACACACCCUCCAACACCACCAGCAUACACCCUCCAACAUUUGUUAUUAUAUACAGUAUUCUCGUAUGAUCAGCCUCUUAUGGUUUAUGUUUUAACAUUGAUAAUAUAAAAUAUUAAAUACUACUACAGUAUAGAAAAAAUACAAUAUAUAAUCAUUAAUUUGCAUAGAAAUGAAAUGAGGUAAAAAUAAGUAUUUUACUGUAUAUGAAGGGAACUGGUAUUAAUAAGCUCAAAUUAUUAAUGUAUCUCUUAAUAAAUGUUUUUGAAGUUAAA